CGAGUGCGGUAAUGAUGGGGAGGAGGAGCGACAAGAGAGGGAGGAGCCUGCUGGAUAAUCAUCUCACAGUAAUCUCUGCUUUAUAGUGACAGCCAUAGACUGCGGGCUGAUCUGACAGGUUUUGUGGAUAGUUGCCCCCAAAACACACAAUAGAAUAAGCCAACACUUUUUCCAGUGUAAUUGUGUAACAAGCCCAAUGAGCGUGUGCGGCAGGCGGACACGCAUAUACUGACAGUGACGCUGCUGCAGUGAGAGGAGCACUGAGAUGUGUGUAUAGAGGAGACACCUGUAUCCAACGCGGAUGCCUGCAGGACACACACACACACAGUAGUGCUGGGCUCCCUCUCACCCUGCCAUUGUCUCCAGUACUCACAGCCUCCAGCCCCCCACUCACACCGCGCUAUUCCCGGGAGACAUAAUCACAGGCUGUAGAAGUAGCGAGGCUGCAGCACCAUGGGCAAGAAAAUGAAAAAAGGCUGCGAUUGUAAAAGGAUUCUGAAGAACAACUGGCUGCUCAUCACCACUGUCGUGGCUGUCGUCUUAGGUAUUGGGCUUGGAGUGUUGGUUCGGGAAUAUGGCAAGCUUUCUAAUCUGGACAAGAUCUAUUUUGCUUUUCCUGGAGAGAUUCUGAUGAGAAUGUUGAAACUCAUCAUUUUGCCAUUAAUUGUGUCAAGUAUGAUUACAGGUGUUGCUGCCUUGGACUCCAGUGUUUCAGGAAAAAUUGGCCUGCGAGCUGUUGUGUAUUAUUUUUGCACCACUGUUAUAGCUGUUAUUUUAGGCAUUGUAUUGGUGGUGAGUAUCAAGCCCGGCGUGUCCCAGAGUGCUGAUGAAAUUGACAGGACAGGCAGCACACCAGAAGUUACUACAGUGGAUGCAAUGUUGGACUUGCUAAGAAAUAUGUUCCCAGAAAAUUUGGUCCAGGCCUGCUUCCAACAGUACAAGACCAAGCGGGAAGAGCUGAAGCCAUCAAAGGAGCCUGACAAAAACAGUACUGUAGAGGGGAACUACACAAUAGAUUUGGCUCUAUUGCCAUUGGCUGAUCAACAGAACAAAUCAAAAGAAUAUAAAAUAGUCGGCCUGUACACUGAUGGAGUGAAUGUACUUGGUCUCAUCGUCUUUUGCCUCGUCUUUGGAAUAGUGAUUGGGAAAAUGGGAGAGAAGGGACAAGUGUUGGUGGAUUUUUUCAAUGCCUUAAACGAUGCUACAAUGCAGAUAGUUCAGAUCAUCAUGUGGUACAUGCCAGUGGGAAUAUUAUUUCUGAUUGCUGGAAAGAUUAUUGAAGUUAAUGACUGGGAAAUCUUUCGGAAGCUUGGCCUUUAUAUGGCAACAGUUCUCAGCGGGCUUGCAAUCCAUUCCAUUGUCAUUCUGCCACUGAUCUACCUUAUAAUAGUGAGAAAGAACCCCUUCCACUUUGCAAUGGGCAUGGCCCAGGCUCUACUUACUGCACUCAUGAUAUCAUCAAGUUCAGCUACUUUGCCUGUUACAUUCCGCUGUGCAGAAGAGAAAAAUCGCAUAGACAAAAGAAUCACCAGAUUUGUUUUACCAGUGGGAGCCACAAUUAACAUGGAUGGAACAGCCCUGUACGAGGCAGUAGCCGCUGUAUUUAUUGCACAACUUAAUGACAUGAAUCUUGACGUUGGUCAGAUAGUGACCAUAAGUGUAACAGCUACAGCAGCGAGUGUGGGAGCAGCAGGAGUACCGCAGGCCGGAUUGGUUACCAUGGUGAUUGUUCUCAGUGCUGUGGGGCUGCCGGCUGAGGAUGUUACACUUAUCAUAGCAGUUGACUGGCUUCUGGACCGGUUUAGAACAAUGGUUAAUGUGCUUGGAGACGCAUUUGGGACAGGCAUCGUUGAGAAACUCUCCAAAAGAGAACUUGAGCUAAUGGAUGUAACAUCUGAAGUAAAUAUCGCCAACCCAUUUGCCAUUGAACCAACUGUGCUAGUUAAUGAGGAUGACGGUGAGGUCAAAAAAUCCUACGUAAAUGGAGGCUUUGCUGUUGAUAAAUCAGAUGCCAUAUCUUUUACCCAAACAUCACAGUUCUGAGUCUGUUCUGAUUGACUGGUGUACCGAAGCUCUGAGACAUAUAGUGGGACAGAAUCACACAAACUAAAGAUACGGAAGAACACUGAGAGUAUGAGCUUGGAAUCUGCAAGGGAAAUCUGCCCUUUUCAUCUUGGGAUCCAAAUAUUCUACUCUAUGUGAGCGGGUUAAAUAGAAAUGGCAGCUGUAUAAUAUGUUGCCUAUGUUUUCUAAGCUGUGCCAUCCUACCAGCAAGGUUUUGGAAUGUUUAUUUACUGUUAGCAUGCUCAUAGUCUGGAUGUUCAAAUGGAAGCCAGUCAGAUAAAUCUUAUUGUAUUCGCUCUUCCCAAGCACAGCAUCAAACCAUUUUUAAAGAUGUCCUCCCAAUUGAGUACUGUACAUCUGGUUGCCUUUAAUGUUUUUUAGACUAUAACAUUACAAACAGUGCUCUUUAUAUUGUGCCAGUUGCUUCUACUUUUUUCGACUGACUGGAAUGCACUGAGAAUAUGAAAAAAAAAGUUCAUUUUGUGAGGUCUUCCAAAGUGUUUUUAAUAAUUAAGCUUCCUUUAGUAACAGAAUCACAACACAGUUAUGUGCACUUGUAGAACCCAAGAGAAAUGUGCUGAUAGCACAGGGGUUGCUGAUGUAUUGGAUCAUAAACAUCAUAAACCAGCAUUGUUUUAUUGUUAUUUUAUGGCCUACCUAGUUAACAUGUAAAAUAAAGUAUGAGAAUAUGGCUGAUUGUAUAGGUGCAAAAAUAUAUGGUACUCCCAUGACUUCAGCAAUAGUGUAUAAAACAGAAAAAUGACAUGUAUACAUAUAUACAUUGAAUGUAUAGUUCUUAUACACUGAGCUACAUUAGCAUUAGGCACUUUAAAUCAUCUGACUGAGUUAAAAUCUCAGAGAAGGAUAGGAGAUCAGAACUAUUCAAAUACUUUGCCUUCCUCACUAAUGCUUUUCUAAAAUGUGUAACAGUCCAAUGCAUUAUAUAUAAAAUCAACAUCAUAGCUAAGGAGCAGAGCAGGGCUGUUUCUGUCUGUACUUUUAUACUUAAAUAGAAUACGAUCCCAAUUGUUAGCGGGUCUGAAACGAAAAGUGUCUUAAUACAUAAGUGUGGUUAUCGAUUGGUGAGGCUUUAAUGAAUGAUACACUGUGGCUUUAAUUGUGUUUCACUGCAGUGCAGCUUGUAUACUUUAUACCACACAGUAACGCAUGUGUUAAUGGAUCUUCUGUGUCUUUACACACAGGAACUAGCUUGAUGCAAUAAAAACAUAUUUAAACAUGUUUUAUAAACAAUAUUUAAUAUUUAUUGUUAGUAUCACUUAUGUCUCCUCUUGUUGGUAUGAAGCAGGAGACUGUUUAACACAUGCAUUGACAGGUGGAAUGUAUACAAAAUGCACAUAUAAAAAAAGAAAAGUUUGAAAGCUCCAGCCCUUCAUUGCAUUUGGGUUUUGGAUAGCAAUCACUAGAAACGCUAAAACUAUUGUGCAGUCAUAGGGGCAAACUCCAUAAGCGGCGCAAAUUCGACAGCAACAGCUUCUCAGCCAUUGCAAAACUUCGCGAGGCGUAAAUUCGCUAGGACAACGACAAUUAACUAAAGUGCGAAGCUACGCCAGCAUUUAUCUCCUUCGCUAGCGAAUUUGCUAGCGAAGUGAUGCCUGCGCCCGUUAGGAAAUCAGCGAAGUUCCGAAAUGACAUCACGCUGGCAAAUUUUCGAUAGCGUUAGUCACUUCGCCCUUUAGGGAAUCUGCCCUAUUAUAUUUAAUAUAUCACAUACUCAUUCCUGCUGUUUCUGCUUACACAGGUCCAUUAUUCAUAAUGAAUAACGCAGGAGACUGCUGUUAGGAAUAUUGAGGUACCUUACCACUCAAGAAAUGAAUAUUUGAGUAUUUCAGUGUUAUCCAUAAAACACAACCAGCAUUAUAGUGAAAACUUUAUUUCUAAACAUGCAUUCUUUGUGCCUAAUUCUGAGCUUUAAAAUGCCAAUUUUAAGAUUAUUGCCUUACUGAUAGUAAGCAACCUCAGACUGCUUGUAGCUGACUUCAAGGAGGUUUUAUGUUUUUACAUUGCUUUUACUUGAAAUAAUAUAACAAAAACAAAAACAAAUGCGAUGGAUUUAUUUUAUUAUGUAUGAAAUCCAAAAGAAACUGUUUUGGAUUCACAGUUCUUGUAUGAAAUUGUGGGUCAGCUGUAGUUUUUACCUAUUUAGAACCUAUUUAUAGGAACUCUUCUUUGUAUGGGGAACAAGGAUUCCAUUAGGCCUCACAGUUUCACUAAAAAGUCUGCUCUACAGAAAACAUUAAAACCUUUUACAAGCGAGCUACAAGUUGGGGCUCCAAAAUCUGAUACUUUUGUUGUCCUCAUUAUCUGUUUUAUUUUUUAAAUAUAUUAUUAACCUUGGCCAUGAGUAACAUACAGGCUGAGUGGCAAGCCUAUAGCAGCUAGCAUUUCCUGAGCAUCACUCAAUUGCGGGGAGCAAUAACUUUAUUGCACUCGUUUCCCUUCCUGCCCCAAGCACUAGUACUGGGUUUGCCGAUUGCCUGUGUAGCCCUUGCUUCAUAAUGAGCUUGUUUAUCACAUAAACCUCUCAUAACAGAUUAUAUGAGUAGCCAUUAUGAACGUAACAGCCCAUCUAAAACACACAUAGCAACAGAUUUCCCUGUAUGACACAUUUGUUUGUUCUUGGUUGGAAGAACUACGUAACUGCAGGCCAAUAUGUAAGCGGGUGCUGAAACCUCAGAAAGAUUUGCAGUCUUGCAAAUACAGAAUGCUAUUAGUGUAAACCUGUUGUCACUGUGUUCUUUAGCGUACAUGGAUGGCAUCUGUUAUCCAGAAUUCUCAAAGGGAUGCUUUCAUGGGAAAACAUGUUUUUUUCAAAACAUAUUAGUUAUUAGUGCUGAUCAAGCAGAAUUCUGCACUGAAAUCC